UGUUACAAAAAAAUCGAAUUAAUUAUUGACCGCUCCACUUUGGGGUCAACAGCGCAGUUGCAUUAUUUCACCACAAGAGGGCCCUAAUAUGUCAGUCAACAACCUUUCCAACAGUUGUCCAAGGCUAAAAAGGAAGACAAGUAGUGUAGAUAUGACCUAAGUAACUUACUGAACAACCAGUAUUUAUUUCUUUAACAAUCGCAGUCCAGGAGAUAAGAUACAGUUCCACAAUAUUUCUCUGUAUGUGUUUCCUGCAGAUGUUGAGCAGCUGAUGGUGGUUGAAGAAGAAAUUCCCCCUGAGCAGCAGGAUUGUAGCUCCAGUGUGGACCAGGAGGAGUCAGAGGCCCCCCCACACAUUAAAGAGGAACAGGAGGAUCUGUGGGGCAGUCAGGAGGGGGAGCAGCUUCAAGGGCUGGAGGAAGCUGAUAUCACCAAGUUCCCAUUCACUCCUGUCCCUGUGAAGAGUGAAGAUGAUGAAGAGGAAGCUCAAUCCUCACAGCUUCAUCAAAGACAAACUCAACACAUGGAAACAGAAGCUUAUGGAGAAGACGGUGGAGGACCAGAACCAGCAAGGAACUCGCGUCCACAUCCACUUUUACAACCAGAGACUGAAGAACAGACUGGAGACUCGUCUGAACCUGAGACUAAUGACAGUGCUGAUUGGAAGGAGACCAGAGAACCUCAGUCAGCUUUAAACUCUCUGAAACAUCGUUCAAUAGUUAAGAAACGAUUUAGCUGCUUGGAGUGUGGGAGGAGAUUUGUCCACAAACAACAUCUGAAGAGACACUUGAUAACUCACACAGGGGAAAAACCUUUUAGAUGCUCUCAGUGUGGUAAAGCUUUUACUGAAAGUCAACACUUGAAGAGACACAUGAUAACCCACACAGGAGAAAAGCCUUUCCGCUGCUCUGAGUGUGGUAAAGCUUUCUCUGAUAGUGGAACUCUGAAGAAACACAUGAUAAUUCACACAGGAGAAAAACCUUUCAGCUGCCCAGUUUGUAAGAAAUCUUUUACACAGAGUGGAAAUUUACAAAAACACAUGAGACUCCACACGGGAGAAAAACCUUUUAGCUGCUCUGAGUGUGGUAGAGCUUUCACUGAUAGUGGAAACCUGAAGAACCACAUGAUAACUCAUUCUGGAGACAAACCUUUCAGCUGCUCAAUCUGUAAGAAAACUUUGACACAGAGUGGAGCAUUAAAGAUGCACAUGAGAAUCCACACAGGAGAAAAACCUUUCAGCUGCUCAGUUUGUAACAGAAGAUUUGCCCAGCGGUCUAAUUUCAAAAAACAUAAAUGUGUUGGUCAGAUGGUAACAGAAGCUCAUGAAGAGGACCGUGGAGGAUCAGAACCAGCCAAGAACUCACAUCCACAUCCACUUUUACAACCAGAGACUCAAGACCAGACUGGAAACCCUUCUGAUCCUGAGACUGAUGACAGUGCUGAAUGGAAGGAGACCAGAGAUCCUCGGUCGGCUUCACACUCUCUGAAACGUGAUUCAAGACGUAAGAAAACGCUCAUCUGCUCUGAGUGUGGGAGGACAUUUGACAUCAACUCAAAUCUGAAGAAACGCAUGCUAUCUCACACUGGAGAAAAGCCUUUCAGCUGCUCAGUUUGUAAUAAAUCUACCCAGAGUGGAGAUUUACAGAAACAGAUUUCGCGAGAUUUCCAGGCUAGAGAGAACGAGCUACGACCGGUCGAGCGGGAUAUUGGUUUUUCCUCGAGAGACACCGUGACUCGCAAACGAGCAAAGCAUGGCAGUUGCUCAGUGUUUGGAUGUACAAAUGAACAUAAAAGUCUUUUUUUAGCUCCUUCAGCCGUGUCUGUGAAGAGCCAGUGGGUUAAUUUUAUUAUUUCUGGCAAUGCGGCGACACAGCUUCCCAAAGUUUUGUACGUCUGCGCCAAACACUUCACCGACGACUGUUUCCUCAACUUGGGCCAGUACAGAGCUGGCCUUGCUGAACGUCUGAAGAUAAAGCCUGGAUCAGUACCAACUCUCCGUGGCUCAGCUGCAAACCUCGGACAAACCGGCACGUCCAGCGUCUGCGUCCAGCGGCCGGUCUCCAGGGACGUUGGCUGCCAGACAGACCCCCAGGAGACACGUCCUCUAGCCACACAGCUGUCCUCAGUGACGCCCCGUCCCCAGUGUAGAAGUGAAGGUGUCCAGGCAACUGUCUCCUGCAAAGAUUUCGGUGUGGGGCCUUCGGAUGCAGACCCUUUGUGCCUGUCAUCGAUACCUGUAAAGAGACCACCCAAAAGACCCCGUCUAGACCUGGAUGAGGAGCAGGAGGACAGUCGACUGGAGGGCAGCUCUUUGGUGGACGCUUCCAAGGGACCGGGUCCCGCUCCAGGUCCCGCAGACUCCAUCGCAGCAUCGUUAGACUCAACGCUAAAGUCAGAAGAUUCGUCUGCUCCCACCCACAACGGCAAAAAGUACAUAGUGUACGAGACCUGCAUCCUGGAGUUGUUCAACGCGUGUCCGGUCUGCGCGCUGGCGUGUGACGUGAGAACCCAGCGGAUCGGGACCUUCCUGUCUGUGAAGCAGUGCUGCCCCCGGUGCUCCUUCAGGAGACUCUGGAGCAGCCAGCCGGUCGUUGGGAGCACGCCGGCGGGGGACCUGCACCUCUCGGCCGCCAUGUACCUGAGCGGGGCAUCUUUCACACAAAUUGAAAAGGUCUUCAAGGCAAUGCAGCUCCAGCUGUUUCGGUCUGAAACCUUCCACCGCCACGCCAGAGCGGCCGUUGAACCGGCGGUUGUUCACCACUGGAACGUCUCGCAGGACGGGAAUCUGCAGCGGCUGCGUCAGCAGGACAGAGUGGUACUUGGUGGUGACAUGAGGACGGACUCCCCAGGCCAAUCUGCCAGGUAUGGGAGUUAUUCGAUGAUGGAUCUGCACACCAACACCGUCGUGGACAUUCAGUUGGUUCAGAGCAACGAGGUUGGUGGUAGCUGCCACAUGGAGAAGGAGGGCCUGACGAGGAGUCUGGCCUUACUGGAGUCGCGUGGCGUCCAUCUUGAUUGCAUCGUCACUGAUCGUCAUCCACAAGUCCAGAAGUUCCUCAGGGAGAGGAACAUAACCCAGUACUACGAUGUCCGGCACAUGGCUAAAGGAAUCUCCAAGAAACUGAGAGCGAUCAGCAAGCAGAAGGACUGUGAGAAACUCAGGAAGUGGAUGAAAAGCAUCAAAAACCACGUCUACUGGACCGCAGCCGGGUCCGCCUCCGGGCCAGAGAGAAUCGCCAAGUGGACCGCGAUCCUGAACCACGUUCGGGACGUCCACACGCACGAGGAUCCGCUGUACCCCGAGUGUGAGCAUGUGGUCCGCAAGACCACCGACCGGACUAAAUGGCUCCAAGCAGCGUCCCCAGCGUUCUGUAAGCUGGAGAAGUUGUUGACGAGCAGGCGGACGCUGCGGGACGUCGCCCGGCUGAGCCCCCACCGCCAGGCCCCGUCGCUGGGGGCCCUCCACGCCGACGUCCGCCGCUUCGCCCCCAAGAACGCGGCCUUUCCCUUUAUUACGAGGCUGUGCAGACUCUACCUGGCUGCGAUGCAUUAUAAUGAAAACGCAGAGCGACCACAGGCCGCCCCGGAGGGGGGGGUUCCUCUCCGUCCAGAGGCUCCGAUGGGAGGGGGCAGCGCUAGACCUCAGAAGACACGGCCGACCUUUGGUUACGUUGCUGGCAUGAUGGACCUCAUAUUUGAGGAAGUCUUGAAGAACCCGACGCCGUACACCGCCGCGCUGUUGGCCGUCCCCGUCCCACCGGACCUCUCGGCGCCGCGUGAGCAGCCAGACGAGGGGGGGGUCGUUGCCAGCUUUGUGUCCAGGGUCCAACAGGGGGGCAGUUUAAAUCCUGCAUAGUGGCCUUCCUCAUAAUCGGAUGUGCAGGACCACACAAGCUGGACUAACGACCCGGAUUCUGCGUCCCAGAAGGGUCCCAGCACCAACUCACUAACGAACGGAAGGAGAGAGACCUGGAGUUGGUUCGGAUAGUUAGUCUUAGACAAAUGGAAAAACUCAAAUAUCAUAAUAGUUUUGACCAAAUACCUCAAUAUCGAUACUGCAACGAUAUUGUAGGGUUGACUAUCGGUACUUUCCCAAAAUAUUUACACAAUGGGAUCAUCAGUAAUGUGGAUGUAAUGACUAAGUGGGUGAAGACCAAUCAUAGAACAUCUAGAAGAGUCUGGUAUGUUCAGAUAAUGACAUCACUUUACUGUAAUGGAGCCUUUAAAACCAGGAAAAGACACUUAUGCCAU